GUGAAAGGAAAAGCGACCACAGCCACCGGCAGGGCUUUGCAGGUGGAAAAAAUGCUUAGGCACAAAGGAGGCUUCUGCCCAAAAGCUGGCCCUGCAGGUGACAGGGAACAACAACAACAGCCCUCCCCAACACACCUGACACCAACACCUCUGACCCAGCGCUUUCGCAACCCCGUUCACCCACUACAGCCACUCUGCCCCGAGACCACAACUGCCACCACAAUCCCCGGCCACGGACACCCCAGCUAAACCCUGCCUGUCCCGAGACCACUACAGCCACCAGCCCAAACCAGAAACCACGGGCGGAAACCCCCAGCAAUCGGAAAGCGAAGAAGGGAAAGCUGCCACCAUACAAAGCCGCACGCCCGGCGGCGUCCCAAGCACAGCCACCAGCACCAACACCAGCAGCACCAACACCGAGCCUCGCCGGGCUCCUGCUCAGCACCGGCCGACAGCACCCACAGACCCACCAUGGCUGCGCUCAAAGCCCCACAGACACGCCUGCCGCACGCCGCCCCGGCGCUCCCGCUCCUCCUCACCGCUCUCGCCACCGCCCUCGCCUGCCAACAGCUCUGGACACACGACGACACCUUCCCUGGCGACGCACUCCGCCUCCUCCAGGACAUGGCUCCCAGCCACACACAGCCCUGCCACCUCCAGGAGCCGCCCUUCUUCCCCGACACCCUCCUCCGCGACAACCUCCACCCGCACCAAGCCGCCGUCACCGCCCUCCGCAUCCUCCAGCACCUCUUCCACACCCUCAGCACCAACAGCACCCGCCAGCACUGGCCCACCCAGGCUCGCAACGACCUCCUCAACAAACUCCAGCACCACAUCCACCUCCUCGAGCAAUGCCUCCCCGACAACGCCGUGCUCUUCAAAGGACCACGCAACCUGCUGCUCACCGUCAACAAGUACUUCAGGGACAUCCACCUCUUCCUCCGUGCCCACAACCACAGCGCCUGCGCCUGGGACCACGUCCGCCUCGAAGCUCGCGCCUCUUUGCAGCACCUCCACAACCUCACACGCACCAUGCGCCGCUAGCACAGACACCCACGCCCAAAACACCCACCUCCAGGACCUCACCCG